CUUUUCUUUUCCUUCGUCUUUUCUUUUAUAUAUAUAUAUAUAUAUAUUAACCUUUUUUCUUUAUCACUUCACCAUGGCAGCAACUAAUGAAUGGACUCCAUAUAGCUGGAAAUCAAAGCCUAUCGUACAAGAUGUUGUCUAUCAAGAUCAAAAGAAUGUCGAUCGGGUGAUUGGUAAACUUCGUACUUUACCACCACUUGUCUCUACCAAAGAAAUUGACGACUUGAGAGAACAACUUCGUCAAGUGGCUCUAGGUGAAUCUUUCUUAUUACAAGGUGGUGAUUGUGCUGAAUUGUUCGACUAUUGUUCUCAGGAUCCUAUUGAAGCUAAACUUAAGGUACUUCUUCAAAUGUCAUUAGUUCUUGUAUGGGGUGGUCGUACUCCUGUCACUCGUAUCGCUCGUAUGGCUGGUCAAUAUGCUAAACCUCGAAGCAAACCUACUGAAAUAUAUAAUGGCAAGGAAAUCUUAACUUUUAGAGGUGACAAUGUGAAUGGCUAUGAUCCCGAAGAUCGUGAAGCUGAUCCCGAAAGAUUACUCGGCGCUUAUUUCCACUCUGCCGCGACCCUGAAUUAUGUAAGAACCUUGGUGGAUUCUGGUUUUGCUGAUUUACAUGAACCUUCGACCUGGAACUUGAAUCAUGUACAAUCCAAUGCUGUACGAGGGGAAUAUCAAUCUAUUGUCAAUCAACUGACAGAUGCUUUGGACUUUAUGAAAACAGUGGGAGCAGACGCAUCAACAUCAACUACUCAAAACGCUCUUCAAAAAGUCGACUUUUUUGUAUCACAUGAAGCAUUACUCCUUGAAUUCGAAGCAUCCUUGACUCGAUUAUUACCUACCAGUAGAGAUAAGACUCAACAAAAAUAUUAUAACGCUGGAGCUCACUUUUUGUGGAUUGGAGAUCGUACACGACAACCAGAUGGUGCUCAUGUAGAAUAUAUGCGUGGUAUUGAAAAUCCAAUUGGUAUCAAAGUCGGUCCUACCACCAAGCCCGAUGAUCUAGUGGAACUUUUGAACACUGUCAAUCCUACCAAGGCUAUCGGCAAAGUUACAUUGAUUACUCGAUUUGGUGCUGGAAAAGUAGAUACUUAUUUACCUCAACAUAUCGAAGCUGUACGAAAAUCAGGUCAUGUGCCUGUGUGGGUAUGUGAUCCUAUGCAUGGAAAUACAAAGAAUGCUUCUGGUGGUGUCAAAACUCGUCAUUUUGUAGAUAUCAUUCAAGAAUUGUCCGAAGCCUUCCGUGUACACAAGGAUUGUCAAAGCAAGUUGAAUGGUGUUCAUUUUGAAUUGACUGGUGAUUCCGUAACUGAAUGUGUUGGUGGUUCCAUGAACUUGACAGAUGAAGACUUAUCCACCAAUUAUCAAACUCAUUGUGAUCCUCGAUUGAACUAUGAACAAGCUUUGGAUGUGGCCUUUUUGAUUGCAAAGUAUUACCAAAAAGAACGUGAAUCUGAUGAUUUCCCUAGUUUGUAGUUCCCUUUUUUUUUUUUUUUUUUUAGUAACAUCACUC